AUGCUCAAGGAGAUAAGGGGCCUCACCAUGAACGAGACGAAGCUCUACCUCCAUGAGAAACCUCUCCUGAACCGUUGGGGGCACGGCCAGUUCGUGUACAACUCGUCGCAAGUGGAUGCUCUGCUGAAGAUGCUCCCGCCGAGAGUUUGCACGCAAGCAGUGGACUGGUCGAUGACUCGGAGAAAGGAACUUCUUCCUCUGCCUGAGGAGUGCUCGGACGGAUUUUCUCGUGCACAGCUGUUUAAGAUCACCAGGGAGCUGUUCAAGAAAUCGAAGGAGGCCGAGGAGGAGAAGGCGGUGGAAGCGGAGGACGACGCCUUCACUGUCCUCAAGCUGCUCACUGAGCAGCACCAGCUCCAACUGAGCUCCAGGAUCACGAUAGACAACGAGAGUGAGCAGACCGUUCAGCUGAUCGGCAGACAGUGGGAAAUUCUAGACGAGACCGGAGCGAUAUCAGGAUCCGUGCCAAAAGGCACCCAUGGCGUCGUCGGAAUGACGCCAGUGCUGAAACCGGGGCAAAGGUUCGAGUACCACUCGGGUGUGGAGUUGACAACCAAGGAGGGGAGGAUGAGCGGGAGUUUUCAGAUGGCUGUGGUCGGGGAGGAGCAGGAGGGCGAUAGCGACAACGGGGAUGACGAGCUUUUCGAUGCCAUUGUCGCUCCGUUCGCGCUGAGGUCGAAUUGA